AGAUAGCUCUGGAUACAAGUUUUAUUCUUAAAUUAAUUUCAAACCCAUUAAUUUCCUUACUGGAAGUGAACUCUCCAGGUUUUCCAGUAUGGCUCUGACCAGUACGUUGCUGCACAGUGCUUCCUUGUGUGGUGGAUGCUGCAGGCACAGAGUUUUGCACCUCUUCCUUGGACCUCUCCCCAGCAAUUCAAAACUGUACAGCAGCUACAGGAGGCCAGGGGCAGAGCCCAAGAAAAAACCCUCUUGGAAAGAUGCUGAUUUCAGCUUUAAGAAGUGUAUUGAUGUCUUCAAGACUCAGCUGAGUUUGUUGAAGAAGGAGACCAGAGAUCACUUAGUAGGACCCGAAGGCUAUCCAUUAAGCCAGUACCUGUUGGAACAGACGAGGGUGUUGUGGCAGUUUCGGAGCCAAGAAGAUUUAAAUAAAUGGAUUAUUUCCUCUGAUGUAGAGAUUGGAGGGAAAAGUGAAGUUUAUCUCAAACUGGGUAGGAAUAACCAGGCUGCUCUGCUGUAUGGAACCCUCAAUACGGAAGUACCUCGUGAUGGGGAGACAAAAUACAGUGGAUAUUGUAGCAUGAGAGCUAAACCACCAGUGGGGUCUUUCGCCAGGAAGAAGUAUUAUGACUGGUCCAAUUUCAACAGUCUGUAUUUACGUGUCCGUGGUGAUGGCAGACCUUGGAUGGUGAACAUUUAUACAGACCCUUACUUCUCUCAUCAAAAGGAUGACCUCUACAACUACUUCAUGUUCACCCGAGGAGGACCAUACUGGGAGGAAAUAAAGAUUCCGUUCUCCAAAUUCUUUAUCUCCAGUCGAGGAAGAGUCCAGGAUAACCAGCAUCCUAUCUGGUUGGACAAGGUUAGUACUCUUGGAUUCACAAUUGGAGACAAAGUAGAUGGUCCAUUCCAGCUGGAGAUCGAUUUUAUUGGCCUCUUAAAUGAUAGAGCUCAUACAGAAGAAUUUGCCUAUGAAACAUAUGACAAGAAUACUCCAGUCUAAGUUGUCUGGUGUCCUUUUGGGACAUUCUUCAGAUGUUUGGUUCAUUUGUAUAAAACACUUAACACGUGGCUUAUAACAAAUUGAAGAUUCUACGUAAGCUGAGAGAUAAAUGGGUGAAGUGUUACACCACUGGCAUCUUUGAGCUCACAAAUACAGAGUCCUGGAGAGACUGUACACAUAGAUGGACUGGACUGGAACAGAGCCUGAGGGGAGUUGUGAUGUGUUCUUACAACAUAGUAACUCUUCACUGGGUAAGUUUUGGCUUCUGUCCUGACCUUUACUGAAAUAAAGGUGUGCUUUAUUUCAUG